AUGAAACCGAAACAGUUGGGAACUGUUUCAGUCCCAUUUCACACGCUCGAGUGGUUCGUGCAACUUCCUGUAUGUACAAGUUGUCGGGCGGGCGAGUGUCGGGCGGGCGAGUGUCGGGCGGGCGAGUGUCGGGCGGGCGAGUGUAGGACGGACGAGUGUCGGGCGGGCGAGUGUAGGACGGACGAGUGUCGGGCGGGCGAGUGUCGGGCGGGCGAGUGUAGGACGGACGAGUGUCGGGCGGGCGAGUGUCGGGCGGGCGAGUGUCGGGCGGGCGAGUGUAGGACGGACGAGUGUCGGGCGGGCGAGUGUCGGGCGGGCGAGUGUAGGACGGACGAGUGUCGGGCGGGCGAGUGUCGGGCGGGCGAGUGUCGGGCGGGCGAGUGUAGGACGGACGAGUGUCGGGCGGGCGAGUGUCGGGCGGGCGGCAAGCGUGCAACAUGA